GUCGAGGGUUUGCGCCUGUCUGGUGUUGUAUCAGUGGAGAUAUCCAAGAAGCCGUCCGGCGCCGAGUAGCUUCCGUCCGCCGUCACCAUGGGUCGUAUGCAUAGUCGCGGGAAGGGUAUUUCCGCAUCAGCCCUCCCUUACAAGAGAACACCACCAAGCUGGCUGAAGAUCUCCUCUCAGGAUGUUGAAGAGAACAUAUGCAAGUUCGCCAAGAGGGGAAUGACUCCAUCUCAGAUCGGUGUGAUUCUUCGUGACUCUCACGGUAUUGCUCAGGUCAAGAGUGUCACUGGCAGUAAGAUUUUGCGUAUCCUCAAGGCUCACGGUUUGGCACCUGAGAUUCCAGAAGAUCUGUACCAUUUGAUCAAGAAGGCUGUUGCCAUCAGGAAGCAUUUGGAGAGAAACAGGAAAGACAAGGACUCAAAGUUCAGGUUGAUUCUAGUAGAAAGCAGGAUUCACCGCCUUGCCCGUUACUACAAGAAGACCAAGAAGCUCCCACCAAACUGGAAAUAGUAUGUCCUUUAUCUCUGUUGUCCCUUAUUAUUACCUAUUCGUGCUGCAAUUUUACAUUUAUGAAUGUGCUAAUGAAAUGUAUAUGGUCGGAUUAUCUAAUUAAAUUAAGCCAUGCUGUUUUGGAGGAUAUGUGAUUCAUGUAUAUUGUUUGUUAAGUGUGUUUUGUUGAGGAAGCCAUAAAAUUGUGGCUGUGACACAUUUUUAUGUGCAGUGUAUUUUAUGAUGCAUUUUCCAUCUUAAUGCACAUCUAUUUUGAUAUCUGUAUUUAAGUAUUUUUCAUUGUAUGUUUUGGUUUCAGAAGACCAUUUUCUGCUCAUUGUACAGCUCAAAUGGUUAAUGCUCAGGCUUCUGGUUCUUGGCUUUUAUCAUUUGUUAUUUUCUGGUUCACCCUUAUCAAGAAUGCUUUCUGUAUCUUUUCAAAUGCUGUUGUUUUCUUAUUUGGCAACUUUGCCGGCUGUAAUAUGGAAAUUGUCAAAAUGCUUGAAGUUUGAAGUGUCAAAUUGCUUUUGUUAAUUAAUCUUUUGCAUCUAAAGACUUUUAUGGUUCAUGGUGUGGUUUAAAAUGCCAAAUUUGUGCUCUUAACUAUUAACUUCUAAUUUUAAAUCUGAUUCCUAUUGCAUACUCGAUGUGUAAUACUUUAUUCGAUGUGUAAUACUUUAUUGAUUUUGGUGUAUCGUAUGAUUGGGUCUUUCUCAGCAGUAAAAAGUCUUGUCUUCAUAGUGUAUUUUUAUUAUGCUAGGAUUGAGUGUAGAAUUCACAUCAGAAACUCUGUUCUAAUAGUUUGUGAUUGAGCUUUUGGAACAAAUGCUGAUAAAUAAACUCUUUAUGCAGUGAAUCCACCACCGCCAGCACACUCGUGGCUUAGAGGAGGAGGUGUCGGGGUUUUUCCUGGUAGUGGAGGUGCAGAAAGUUAUCAUAGGUGUUUCAAGUUUGUCGUCCAUUGCCGGGAAAUAUUAGUUCUUGCGCCCAAUUUUGUGAUAUGAUUCAGUUGUGAUACAUUGUGGAUUUAAACCUUAAGCAUAGUUGUUAUGUUCCUGAUCAUUGACUGAAAUUCUCAGUUUUUGUUAAUUUACUUAAGUAUAUUUAAGGUGACUGUUCGAUGGCAGUGUUUAACAUCUUGUUGAGGUCAUGAGUUGGAGUUAAUUAACAUCAGUAUGACCAUUAAUCGGGAAACGCAUGCCGUAACACUGUUCAUGUACCAUUAUCAGUUGGUGAAUGAAGUUUUAAAUAAACAAAUCUGGUUAUCUGUCAAAUGGUGAAUGGAGUUAUAGCAAUCCUCAUCAGUGGUCAUGUUUAUAAGUUUUCAGCUGCAGUUAUAAAUUUCUUGUUUCUGGUAACGUUAAAACUCAAUUAUAAAAAAGAUAUUUGAGCUCUUGUUGAUUCUCUUCGGGUUUUCCGUACUUAUUUUGCUCAGGAUUGCACACACUCGUAUACAUUCUUUGGUCAUAAAAAGCCCGUUAACUUUGGUGUUUGGAGCUUGAUGCCUUGGUAAUCCUAUAAGUAGAUGUUGAGUGGGUUAACUUUGGUGUUUUGAACUUGAUGCC